AGAGGAGUAGGAAGAGGAGAGAGGGCAGCGGCGCGCGGUGUCUCGGGCGUCUCAGUCGGACCGCGGCGAGCCAGCGGGCAGGCGCGCCGCCCCCUCCCCCGCCCGGCCACCCCAACUCUGCGGCCGUGCGCAAAGUUUGCAAAGAGGCGCGGGAGGCCGCGGCCGCAGCGAGGAGGCGACGGGGAAGGAGCGCAGUCUUCGGGUUGGGGGCGGGGGCGGGGGGAUCCAAGGAGCCGGGUGGGGGGCGGUGGCCAGCAUGCGGCCCCGCAGCGCCCUGCCCCGCCUGCUGCUGUCGCUGCUUCUUCUGCCCGCCGCCGGGCCGGCCCAGUUCCACGGGGAGAAGGGCAUCUCCAUCCCGGACCACGGCUUCUGCCAGCCCAUCUCCAUCCCGCUGUGCACCGACAUCGCCUACAACCAGACCAUCAUGCCCAACCUUCUGGGCCACACGAACCAGGAGGACGCAGGCCUGGAGGUGCACCAGUUCUAUCCACUGGUGAAGGUGCAGUGCUCCCCCGAACUGCGCUUCUUCCUGUGCUCCAUGUACGCACCCGUGUGCACCGUGCUGGAACAGGCCAUCCCGCCGUGCCGCUCUAUCUGCGAGCGCGCGCGCCAGGGCUGCGAAGCGCUCAUGAACAAGUUCGGUUUUCAGUGGCCCGAUCGCCUGCGCUGCGAACACUUCCCGCGCCACGGCGCGGAGCAGAUCUGCGUGGGCCAGAACCACUCCGAGGACGGAGCGCCAGCGCUGCUCACUACCGCGCCACCGCCAGGUCUGCAGCCCGGCGCCGGGGGCACCCCGGGCGGCCCAGGCGGCGGCGGCGCUCCCCCGCGCUACGCCACGCUGGAGCACCCGUUCCACUGCCCGCGCGUCCUCAAGGUGCCAUCCUAUCUCAGCUACAAGUUUCUGGGCGAGCGUGACUGUGCCGCGCCCUGCGAACCCGCGCGGCCAGAUGGUUCCAUGUUCUUCUCGCAGGAGGAGACGCGUUUCGCGCGCCUCUGGAUCCUCACCUGGUCGGUGCUGUGCUGCGCCUCCACCUUCUUCACUGUCACCACGUACCUGGUAGACAUGCAGCGCUUCCGCUACCCAGAGCGGCCAAUCAUUUUUCUGUCGGGCUGCUACACCAUGGUGUCGGUGGCCUACAUCUCGGGCUUCGUGCUCCAGGAGCGCGUGGUGUGCAACGAGCGCUUCUCCGAGGACGGUUACCGCACGGUGGUGCAGGGCACCAAAAAGGAGGGCUGCACCAUCCUCUUCAUGAUGCUUUACUUCUUCAGCAUGGCCAGCUCCAUCUGGUGGGUCAUCCUGUCUCUCACCUGGUUCCUGGCAGCCGGCAUGAAGUGGGGCCACGAGGCCAUCGAGGCCAACUCUCAGUACUUCCACCUGGCCGCCUGGGCCGUGCCAGCGGUCAAGACUAUAACCAUCUUGGCCAUGGGCCAGAUCGACGGCGACCUGCUGAGCGGCGUGUGCUUCGUGGGUCUCAAUAGCCUGGACCCGCUGCGGGGCUUCGUGCUGGCGCCGCUCUUCGUGUACCUGUUCAUCGGCACGUCGUUCCUCCUGGCCGGCUUCGUGUCGCUCUUCCGCAUCCGCACCAUCAUGAAGCACGACGGCACCAAGACCGAGAAGCUGGAGCGGCUCAUGGUGCGCAUCGGCGUCUUCUCGGUGCUCUACACGGUGCCCGCCACCAUCGUCAUCGCCUGCUACUUCUACGAGCAGGCCUUCCGCGAGCACUGGGAGCGCUCGUGGGUGAGCCAACACUGCAAGAGCCUGGCCAUCCCGUGCCCGGCGCACUACACGCCGCGCAUGUCGCCCGACUUCACGGUCUACAUGAUCAAAUACCUCAUGACGCUCAUCGUGGGCAUCACAUCGGGCUUCUGGAUUUGGUCGGGCAAGACGCUGCACUCGUGGAGGAAGUUCUACACUCGCCUCACCAACAGUCGGCACGGCGAGACCACCGUGUGAGGGGAGCUCCCAGGCCGGUCCCGCGCGGCGCUAACCUCCGCCUGGGGUGAGGCCCCCUACGGACUCCGUAUUUUAUUUUUUUAAAUAAAGAACGAUCGAAACCA